AUGUUCACUUUGAACAAAUAAAACCAGUAAUUCAACUAACUUUUGAGAGAGUAAAUAAGAUCCUUUGCCAGCUAAGAUCUACCUAAUCAUAUUAAGCUUGAAAUGCCAAAUUUAUCUCCAACAAUGGAAAAGGGAAAUAUUGCUAAAUGGAUGAAGAAAGAAGGAGAUUAAAUCAAGCCCGGUGAUAUUCUAGCUUCAAUUGAGACUGAUAAAGCUACCGUUGACUUUGAAAUGUAAGAAGAUGGUUAUAUUGCAAAGCUUUUAUAUCCUGAAGGGGCCAAAGAUGUGAAAUUAGGAUAAGUUGUUGCUAUCAUUGUUGAGAAUAAAGAUGAUGUUUCAAAAUUUAGUUCAUACUCUGGGGAAGCAAAGCCAUUACCAACUUAACCAAAAGUUGAGGCUCCUGCAGAGACUCAAUAAGAUAAGAGAGCUUGCCCUGUUACAAGAGAAAGACCAUCAUCUGAUCCUAAUUAAGCACUCUCUGGAGCUCCUAGAGUAAAGGCAUCUCCAAUAGCAUAAAAUUUAGCAUCAUAAACUGGAGUUAAUAUUAAAGAUAUUAAGGGCAGCGGACCUAAUGAUAGAAUUAUAAAGGCUGAUGUUAUUGAUGCUAAAAAAUAAACCUAAAAACAAGUAGUUGCAAAUGAAUAUAUUGAUAAUUCCAAUAAUGAGGAGAGAAGAUAAAUCCUCACUUAUAGUAAAUAAAAUAUCCCUCAUUACUAUGUUACCAUCUAAGUUCAACUUGAUAACUUAAUGAAGCUUAGAACUUAACUUAAUAAAUUUGCAAAGAAUAAGCUUACAUUGAGUCAUCUUGUAUAUAAGGCUUCAGUUUUAGCUGCUUUGAAAGUUCCAGCUACUAAUUCCCAAUGGUAAGGUGACUUUAUUAGAUACUAUAAGAAUGUCAACCUUGGAGUUGCUGUUUAAACAGACGAUGGCUACCAAAUCCCAGUUGUUAGAGAUGCUAACAAGAAAGGACUUGAUUAAAUUGCUGCUGAGUUAGUAGACCUUACAAAAAGAGCGAAGGAGGGUAAACUUACUCAAGAAGAUGUCCAAGGUGCUACAUUCACAGUUAGCAAUCUUGGCAUGUUUGGAGUUGAAAACUUUUAAACAAUAGUUCUUCCCCCAUAAGCAUGCAUAUUAGCAGUUGGUGCUGCUUAGAAAAAGGUCUUAGUUUCAGAGAACAAAGAUAUUAAAUACGAGUAAGCUUUAACUUCACUUUUAUAUAUUAAUAAUAGAGUUGGGCAUGUUUUGAACGUAACUCUAAGUUCAGAUCAUAGAGUUGUUGAUGGAGCUCUUGCUGCAUAGUUUGGUCAGGAAUUCAAGAAAUAUAUCGAAAAUCCAGAAACUUUGCUUCUAUGA